CCCGCCGGAGGAGCCGCCGGAGGGGCCGCGGGCGCCGGGCCCGGGACGGGCCAGGCCGGAGAGAGCGGGCCGGGGUACGGGAACAGGGCUGAGGUUUGGAAGCUCUGGCCAUGGAUCAGAAGGGCUUUCGUCGGGGGAGCUUCCAGAGUGCCACCAGCGAUGAGGAUAUGCUGGAAAUCACUGGAGCAUCCAUGGAGUUCUCCAUGGCCGACGAUGACCCGCCCCUCGACAGGGAGAUGGGAGCAGGCUUCUCCUUAUAUAAUGGAGGAGGGAUGAACGGCACGAGCACCAUGAUGGAUUUCCUGGAGGAGCCUCUGCCUGGCGUGGGCACCUACGAGGAUUUCAACACCAUAGACUGGGUGCGAGAGAAGUCCAGGGACCGAGACAGGCACAGGGAGAUCACCAACAGAAGCAAAGAGUCCACCUGGGCCCUGCUGCACAGCGUGAGCGACGCCUUCUCUGGCUGGCUGCUGAUGCUCCUUAUUGGUUUGUUGGCAGGUUCCUUGGCAGGUCUGAUUGACAUCUCUGCCCACUGGAUGACAGAUCUGAAGGAAGGAGUGUGUUUGGCAGGGUUCUGGUUCAACCAUGAGCACUGCUGCUGGAAAUCCAACACCACCUUCACCGACAGGGACAAGUGUCCUGAGUGGAAGAGCUGGUCCCAGCUGAUCCUUGGCCAUGGAGAGGGGGCCUUUGCAUAUAUCCUCAACUACUUCAUGUAUGUUAUCUGGGCCUUGAUGUUCUCCCUCCUUGCUGUGCUCCUGGUGAAGGGCUUUGCUCCCUAUGCCUGUGGCUCAGGGAUCCCAGAGAUCAAAACUAUCUUAAGUGGUUUCAUCAUUAGAGGCUACCUGGGCAAGUGGACGCUGGUCAUCAAAACCAUCACCCUGGUGCUGGCCGUGUCCUCGGGGCUGAGCCUGGGCAAGGAGGGGCCCCUGGUCCACGUGGCCUGCUGCUGUGGGAACAUCCUGUGCCACCUCUUCACCAAGUACCGCAAGAACGAGGCCAAGCGCAGGGAGGUGCUGUCAGCAGCUGCUGCCGCCGGUGUGUCUGUGGCUUUUGGAGCUCCCAUUGGAGGAGUGCUCUUCAGCCUGGAGGAGGUGAGUUACUACUUCCCUCUGAAGACCCUCUGGCGUUCCUUCUUCGCCGCACUGGUCGCCGCCUUCACCCUGCGCUCCAUCAACCCCUUCGGCAACAGCCGCCUCGUGCUCUUCUACGUGGAGUUCCACAUGCCGUGGCACCUGCUGGAGCUGGUGCCCUUCAUCCUGCUGGGGAUAUUUGGUGGGCUCUGGGGAGCUUUCUUCAUCCGCAGCAACAUCGCCUGGUGCAGGCGGCGCAAGACGACGCGUCUGGGCAAGUACCCGGUCCUGGAGGUGAUCGUGGUGACGGCCAUCACGGCCAUCCUGGCCUUCCCCAACGAGUACACCAGGAUGAGCACCAGCGAGCUGAUCUCGGAGCUCUUCAAUGACUGUGGCAUUUUGGACUCGUCCAAGCUCUGCGAGUAUGUGAACGAUUUCAACAGCACCAAGGGGGACGAUCUGCCCGACCGCGCCGCUGGCCCCGGCGUGUACACGGCCAUGUGGCAGCUGGCAUUGGCCCUCAUCAUGAAGAUCUUCAUCACAAUCUUCACCUUUGGCAUGAAGGUGCCCUCGGGGCUCUUCAUCCCCAGCAUGGCCGUGGGGGCCAUCGCGGGCCGGCUGCUGGGGGUGGCCGUGGAGCAGCUGGCCUUCUACCACCAUGACUGGGCCAUCUUCAGCGGCUGGUGCAGCCCGGGCGCCGACUGCAUCACCCCCGGCCUCUACGCCAUGGUGGGCGCUGCCGCCUGCCUGGGGGGGGUGACCCGCAUGACCGUGUCGCUGGUGGUCAUCAUGUUCGAGCUCACCGGGGGGCUGGAGUACAUCGUGCCCCUGAUGGCAGCGGCCAUGACCAGCAAGUGGGUGGCCGACGCCAUCGGCCGCGAGGGCAUCUACGACGCGCACAUCCGCCUGAACGGGUACCCCUUCCUGGAGGCCAAGGAGGAGUUCUCGCACAAGACGCGCGCCAUGGACGUGAUGCGGCCGCGCAAGAGCGACCCGCCCCUGACGGUCAUCACGCAGGACACCAUGACCGUGGAGGACGUGGAGACCAUCGUCACCAGCACCACCUACAGCGGCUACCCCGUGGUGGUGUCCCAGACAUCCCAGUGCCUCGUGGGCUUUGUCCUCAGGAGAGACCUCAUCAUUUCCAUCGAAAACGCCCGGAAGAAGCAGGAUGGGAUCGUGAGCACCUCAAUUAUUUGUUUCACUGACUACUGUCCCCCCCUGCCUCCAAGCUCCCCGUCUGUGCUGAAGCUCAGGAGCAUCCUGGACCUCAGUCCCUUCACGGUGACGGACGAGACGCCCAUGGAGAUCGUGGUGGACAUUUUCCGCAAGCUGGGGUUGCGCCAGUGCCUGGUCACUCACAACGGGAAGCUUCUGGGGAUCAUUACCAAAAAGGAUGUACUAAAGCACAUUGCACAGAUGGCCAACCAGGACCCCGAUUCCAUCCUCUUCAACUAGAGGCAGACUGUAGGGAUUGUGUGUCCCACAUACCUGGAACUUUCUAGCCCAUCCUGGGUAGACUUUCCUAUUUUUAUUGAGACCAUGGAACUGUUUCCAGCGUUUUCCUCCAUGGAGCUGAAGAAGAUGUUUUUUUUCUACCAGAUAAUGAAUUGCACUACGGAAUCUGUGGAACAUGAUCUUCUUUUUAGAAGAAAAAAAAGAGACUUUAUUUACGUUGCUUUUGUGAAGUUGCGUUGGAAAGAUUCCAUGAAGGAGUAAAAGCAAAAUGUUAGAGAAUUGUAUUUCCUCCUCUUCUUUUGUUGGAACUGCUGUUACGAAUGUGGGGAGGAAAAGCCAAGGUGUUUGUGCACUUCCAGAGGUGUGGAAGGAGCAGGGUGGUUUUGCACACAGUAUUCAGGUGGUGGCAAAGGGACAGGGCUGGCCUCAGGGUGGUGUAUUCCCAGUUGUCCCCUUGGGAAAAAUCACAACCUUGGGAAGCCAAAACAGGUGAGAGAAAAAUAAAAUUUAGCUGGCGGAGGCUGCUUGGCUGAAAGAAGGAAAAAAAAAAACCCAGUAAACCAACCCACUUCCCCCCCCCAUCAGAUCUCCUUAAAAUGGGGCCCAGUUUCCGAUUGGGAAGAUGCUGGUUUUGAAUUAAUUAGUGAAUAUAUUAAUUACUCUGCCACUGCCUUGUCAGGAGAACCCCAAGGAAGAGAUAGGAAGAGUUCACAGGUGUCUUCCCAUCCUGCUGCCUUUCUCUGAUCCAUUCCCAAGGAUUCCUUCUCUCUGAUUUCCCUUGAGCACUGAAAUCCCAGAGGCUGAGUCCUGAAUUCCUGCCCUUCCCCAAGCCCGGUGGUGCUGGACGUGGCACAGGUGGCUCCUCCUCACCCUGUCCCGCUGCAGAGCCCGGUGCCUGGGGCACAGAUGCUGUCCCUGCUCCCUCCUGUCCCUGGAUUCCAGCUGGAGGAUUCCCAGUAGGGAAUUCCCAGGUCUCCUUUGGCCAACAACUGUGCAAGAAACCCUUCCCACCACAGCCUCCUGUGCUCGGUCCCUGUCCCAGUGCUGACCAAAGGAUUCUCCUGUUAAUAAAACUGUGCCCAUUUACUGGAGUUUGGGAGGCUUCUGGAUCCCUUUGGAGACUGAUGCUCUUCAUCCUGGCCUCAGUUUCAUGUUUGUGGGCAUUGGGGACUUCUGGCUUGACUUGGCUGGGUCCCUCUCAAAAUCUCUCUGAUACAAACAAAUUCCUUGUCUUUCCAAGGAGCAAAAGCCAGAUUCUUGAUCUUCCAAAGCCAUCCAGCAGCCAGCCCCUGCUCUGCUGCUUCCACCUGAUGUCUCAAUCCUUGUACAGCUCAAAGCUGCUUCAACCUGAGAUGUCACUGAUGGAUCCGGUUCCUUCUGCUUGGGAAAUAAACGCCUGGACU